UGAAAACUUUUUUUUGUGGUCACCCAUCCUAUGACCGGCCUUUGCGUAAGUUGCUUAACUUCAACAAUCAGACUGAGCGCGUUUACCGCUGCGCCACCGAGCUCCUCCAUACUGACCUAAAUAGCUGAAAUAGAAGCUAGAACAAACCACACUAAGAUACUGUGAAGAUGGUAGAGCACCUUCCGAUUAUUUUUAUAUCUUAUCGCGAGUGUUAUCAAAGUUUAGUUUCUCGUUUAAACGCAGAAAGAUGGUUGUGUUUUCUGAAUCAUUGCGAGUACCAUGUGAAAUUAUAUAAAGACGUUGAAAGAAGAUUUUAAGGUGUGAAAGAGCAGGCCAGAUGGUGGGAGGGCGUCAGGAGGAUCAAUGGCGAAAAACAAGUGCAAGGUCGUGCGCACGAUUCUGCAGAGGAAACAAGUUUUUGAGCCUGACCAGUUGGAGAGCUCCGAAUUGAGAAGAUGUCUAAACCGCUGGGACCUGACCAGCCUAGGCCUGGGCAGCACGCUGGGCGUGGGCAUCUACGUGUUGAUGGGCUCAGUGGCAUUGAAGGUGGCUGGGCCUUCCAUCGUCUUGUCUUUCGUCAUCGCUGCAGUGGCAUCGUUGUUAGCAGGUCUCUGCUAUGCGGAAUUCGGCGCCCGAGUCCCGAGAGCGGGCUCGGCUUAUACCUAUACCUACGUGGCUGUCGGCGAGUGCGCAGCCUUCGCAGUGGGCUGGAACAUGUUACUUGAGAUGUUGUUCGGAACUGCGAGCGUGGCGCGAGGCCUCAGCAUGUUCAUCGACUCGAUGGCCGGAGGGGUCAUGACGGACUGGUUCACGUCUGUAGCCCCCGUCUCCGUACACUUCUUAUCCGCCUAUUUUGACUUCUUCUCAUUCUUAAUUGUUCUCGUCUUUGGAGUGCUGUUAGCCGUCGGUACGAGGGAGUCUACGAUGGUAAAUAAUGCAUUCACCAUUUUGAAUAUGAUUGUCAUACUGUUCAUAAUAGCCGUUGGAGCGUUUGCUGCGGAUCAAAACAAUUGGAGUAUCCCGGAAACGGAAGUGCCAGAACACUUCGGAGGGGGAGGCUUCUUUCCAUACGGAGUGUGGGGGACGUUGCAGGGCGCAGCCCUGUGCUUCUACGGAUUUGUCGGCUUUGAUGCCAUCAGCAGCACCGGGGAAGAGGUGAAGCAGCCAAGGCAGGCUAUACCCCAGUCGAUUUUGUUGACUUUAGGCGUAGCUCUCGUCCUCUAUAUGAUCGUCGGCACUAUUGUUACGAUGAUGGUACCUUACUAUCUACUGGACCAAGUGGCGGCUGUGGCAACUGUAUUUGCGCAAGUCGAUUGGAAUUGGGCGAAAUGGAUCGUUUCGAUUGGUGCUGUGUUUGGCAUACUUGCUAGUCUCUUUGGCUCCUUGUUUCCACUACCUCGCCUAUUAUACUCGAUGGCAUCAGAUGGACUGUUUCACCACUGGUUCGCUCAAAUCAACUCUAGCAGAAAAUCUCCCAUCAUUGCUACUGUGGCGCCUGCUAUCGUCAUUGCAAUACUCGCAGGGCUAAUGGAGUUGAACCAGCUCAUUAUGAUGGUGUGUAUCGGGACACUACUCUCUUACACCAUUGUUGCAAGUUGUGUCAUAUUACUGAGGUACCGUCCACUGACUAAAUCUGACGUCACACCGAGCUACCUUACACAAGCGUUGGGAUGUGGAGGUCGAAUCCCUUCUAAGGUUUCUUCCAGAGUCGUUACCAUCGCCUUGAUUUUAUUUAUCUGCGUAUGCAUCACGACAGCUAUAGUGGGCACCAACGUCGAGGAACCCGCGAUCUCUGUAGUGGUACUCCAUGUCAUAGGCCUUUUGUUAUUGGCCAUCAUGAUCUUUCAACCUCAGUGCCAAGCGGACUUGCCUUUCAAGACGCCCUUAGUUCCAGUGGUUCCGUGCCUCAGUAUCUAUGUCAACAUCCAUUUGAUGAUUCUGGUCAACAUUCAGACUUGGAUACGAGUCCUCGUUUGGGCUGCAAUGGGCGUGCCAAUUUACAUUAUUUGCGUAUGCUGCUACAAACGAAACAAGAACAAUUUUGAAGAAAAUUUGAAGAAUUUCUCUCACGUGGAACAAAAUGGCAAACCACCUGUUCAAAUAAUCGUGGAAGCUCCCACUCCUCCCACUAUCAGGAAAAACAGCGAACGUGGUGACGAAUCAGAUGACAUAGUCCAAAAUGAUCUCGCAGCUAUCAAACGCUCAUCCGUUAUAAGUAAAGAAAACGAAAUAAUAGUUCAACAAGCUUACAUAGAAAAUAAUGAGGAGAAAGAAGCUAAGAUCAUAGACCUUCUAGAUCAAGUCUUGCAAGCCGAAGAAGAUAGCUACACUGAACAAAUAAGUUUGAAAGAAGAAAAGUCGGAAGAAAACAUAAUGGUGCCUAUAGAAGAUACUACGGAGUCCAUUCCACACAGAAAGUCAUUGAGUGAGUUAUCAGACGCAGGAUCAGACGCUUCGACGGGUAACCAAGAGUUAUCCAAAUACAGUGUCAUUGCUCAAGUACAUAGAGAAGAUUUGCCAAAAGUAAGCGAAGAAGAGGAAAAAGCCGACAAAGAAAGUGAUCAUGCUGAUAAUGAAACUGACGAGGAAGUGACAGCUUUUAACGAUAGCGAAACGAAUUCACGGACAGAUGAGUCUGGAUACUCUGAUACAUUAGACAAAAAUGGUUUGAUUGAUUCAGUAGAAGAAACUAGAGAAGAAGCUCCUUACAUACCAACUCCACCGCCUUUCGACGAAAACUUUUUUAACAGUCCCUUUUUAAUGAAAAAGUCAUAUUCUAUACCUCCAAGGCCUAUGAAGCAGAUAUCACUGGAAGAGGAAGUAAGUAAGCCAAGAGAAAGUGUUCAGUCGAAUGCUUCUCAAGACGACGGUACUAUGGUAUUUGGUAGCAGCAGGCAGAUGAAAUUUAUGAAUAAGUUAAACGAUAUAUUCCAAACUAAGAUUGUUAAUGAAACUGAAGGCGAAGAACAAAGGAAAAGGUCCAAUUCAACUGGUGCUGUGGUAGAUACUUCAGAGUUAACCCAUCAUCAAAAUAUGAUGCGUGAAAGACCUUCACUGUUCAUAUCAAGAGAUAUGAAGAAGGAGCUCUUGGCGAUGCAUACGAUGCCUAAUUUACGACCUGUUAACAUCGAUAAAGAAGAUAAGAAAGAUACUAACAGCAAUGAUGAAGAGGAAACUGCAGAGGACGCCAGUAUGAGUAGACAAGAUCUAAAGUCCAAGUUAGAAACAAUAUUUGCAGCUGGAGGACCUAUGUUGAUAAAACCGAGGCUCAUGAAAUCAAACCCUCCCACACCUGAGGAGAAUUAUCAAACGGACACGUCUAGUAAUGAAAGUAUAGCGAAAAUGCCUAAAAUGGAAAAGAAUGAUACACUGAAAAGACAAAGAGAUAAAUUUGGAGACGUGUUAAACUCUUUCCGGUUAAGUUUGAACAAGGAGGACGCAGUGUGAAAUAGACAGCUUGAGAAAUAGUGGCUGGUAUUGUGCCUAGAAGAAUGGAAGCUAAGUCAUACAGUCACAACGAGUCGACGACACCCAUUCGAGCAAAUUGACACGGAAGGGGUGCUGAUACAGUUACCAAUGUUGGUACAUCUGCGAAGAGCUGAAUUUAUGCAACAGUUGAACAAAUCCUAAAAUGGGGAAAGUAGCAGAUGAAUCGUAUUGAGUAUUCUUAUUAUUAAGUGCCUUAUUUAUUACAUAGUGCGACGAUAUUAUAGUGGACAUUCAACGAAUUUUAGUUUUAAGUAUAAGAUGCAUUUGUAUUGUAAAUUAUACAUAUUCUGAUCCUUGAAGACUGACGUGUGGGAACAAAUGUUUGAGGAUAUGUUACUGAUAGCUUGGAUAUGGAUCAAGUGUAUUAUAUUGUGGGUUUUAAAAAAAAUCAGAGUGACAAUUUACAAGAUCCUAUAUCGAUUGCUGUUAAGUUUGAAAGUUGUAUAAAUUAAAGAGGUGUAAAUAAAUAGAAAUUAAAUUUAUUAGAAACAACACAUCACAAAUGUAAUAAAAUACACAAGCAAUUAUAAAACUCA